AUGGCUCUCGUAACUGAUUUUGCUAAGGAGCUAGACAAUAACAGAAAAAGAUGCCUAGAACUAGAAAAAAAGAGCAUAAUGGAUGAAAUCAGGUGCUUGAUUUUGAAAGCUGAGGUCGAAAACUUAAAGAAAAGGAACAAGGAACUUGAGGAGCAGAUCGCAAGGUUUCAGAAGGUCAUGAUCAAUGAAGAAAAGGGGAAAAUGACGAUAAUUGAUCUAACAGGUGAAGAAAACGAAAAAGAUGAGUUUCUUCGGUUAACGAUCAAAAACAAGGUUUUGGAACGUGAGAAAGCAAAAGCUGAAAUUGAGAUUCGUUUAUGGAAGGAAAAGGUCAAACAAUUGGUGUCACAAGUUUGUGAAUUGGAGUCAAAGCUGAACAUGAAGGGCAUGAAUGAAAAUUGUAGCAAAGUUAAAAAGCGAUUACCAUUUGAAGAAGAUGGAAGCUUCAAUAAGAACAUUGCUCCAUCAACUCCAGAUGAUACGGAUUGUUCUAAACUGCAUUCUCAAGUUUCUACAAAAAGAACAAGAUCUUGCAGAAUAGUUACAAGCGAUGAUGAAACAAGUACUGAUGAUGAUGAUAAUGCUCCAAUUUGCUCACUUAUAAAGAAAGUUAAAGAAGAUGAAAGUAAGAGGCUGAGAAAAUUAGAUGACAUCAUUCUUGAUUCUGAAAAUGAUGAUGAAUAUGAAGAUGGAUCAAAUGAAUUUAAAGUAAAUUUAAACAAGAUUAGAAGCAAAAAGGAUUUGAAUUUGAAGUGGGAUUUAGAGGGAGAUAUGUUAGAUGAUUUUGGGAAGGAUCCUGAAUUGUGUAUGAAGGCUGUUUGUGUUCUUCAUAGACAACAAAAUGCAAGAGGGUUUAGUCAGACUGAUGUAUUAAGGGCUAAUAAGGUCGCUGAAUUUUUGACUGAUGGAGAUUCAAGUGGUGAUUUGAACAAAACAGUUGAAGAGUUGAGAAGAUAUGACACAAAAGGGAUUGAAUUAUGCAUGACACUUGCAGUUAAAUAUUCAAAUCAGUUGUUUGAGAUUUACAAGAACAAAGAAGAUCCGUUUUUCAUGCCUUAAUUACAAAAUAGGUGAAUCUGUUUAAUUUUCACUUGUUUAUUCGGUUAAUAUUAUCAUAUCUAGCACUAAAUGUUUUGAUAGAUAAUGUCGUUUUUAAUUUUGGUUAAACCUGCAAAAAAAGUUACAAAUCUUUUAUAGGUAAGUAUGUAGAAAAUAUAUAAUUACUUGUCAGGGUUUUCUUUAAAAUACAUUAAGAAAACAAAAAACACAUGCCUUGUGAGCCAAUAAAUACCAUCAAUUUUGUUUACAAUGAUUUUAUUUUUUCGAGAAAGGAGAAUGUUG